UGACGUGUUCUUAUCCAAUUCAUCAAACUAUUUUUUAAAGUGAGACAGUAUUUGUUCAGAGUCUUUGGUGGUAGGUCUGUUGUGUGUGGGACUACUGCGAGCCGCUUCAACCGACGACAAUCUACAUCGUAUCAACAGAAAAAUUGUUGAAAAAUGAAGAGUUCCGUGAUUCUUGUGUUGAUCUUCGUUCUUCUGAAUUGGAUUGAAAUAUCGCAUCAGGCUCCCCCACCAAAAGCUCGAAGAGCUAGCUUAGCGCAAACUGCUCAUCAAGCUGCGUCAUCUCGAUCUGCCAAAGUUGAGUUAUUCGAUGUUUUGGACUCCGACAAGGAUGGAUAUGUAACUAGAGCUGAUCUUGACACCUUUUGUCAAGGGACCGCUUACAAGGCGCGAAAAUAUAAGGCUGAUAAAAUUUAUGAAACUAUUGGAAGCGGGGCAAACAAACAUCACUUCACAUGGGGAGGCCAUGCCAAUUAUCCAUUGGUGGAUCUACUAAAGCUGAGACCGAACGGUUAUGAUUCAGUAGCUCUCAUUGAGGUCCUGGGGAUUACCGCUGAACAAGCCCAGAAAAUAUUGGAAGGAAAAACUUCGAAGACGGCAGAAGAUGUUGCUGAAUUUAUAAGAUCUAAUAAAAAAUUCGCGCCAUAAUGGAUGAAGCGCCACUCACAAAAAACUAUAAUGGACUCUGAUCAUUGUCUAUUGAUGUGUUUCAAAACAUGAAUAAAUGUGUUUGUUGAAUCAA